AUUGGACGGCUCUGCUCCGGACGGGCGCGCUUACGCACUCCGCUGCUUCCGAUGGGUGAGGACGGCGAGAACACCAAAAUCAAUCACAGCUUCCUCCGAGACUAUGUCACAGAAGCUGAUGUCAUUUCUACAGUGGAGUUUAACCAGACGGGGGAUCUGCUGGCCACAGGGGAUAAGGGGGGCCGAGUGGUCAUCUUCCAGAGAGAGACAGAGUCUAAAGGUGAAUCUGAGGAGCUGGGAGAAUCGGGUGAGUAUAAUGUCUACAGUACGUUCCAGAGUCACGAACCGGACUUCGACUAUCUGAAGAGUUUGGAGAUUGAGGAGAAGAUCAAUAAGAUCCGCUGGCUGCCACAGCAAAACGCUGCCCACUUUCUCCUCUCUACCAACGAUAAAACAAUAAAGCUAUGGAAGGUGAGCGAGAGAGACAAGCGACCAGAGGGCUACAAUCUGAAGGACGAAGAAGGGCGAAUAAAGGACAUCUCCACCGUGACCUCAUUACGGGUGCCGGUCCUGAAGCCCACUGACCUGAUGGUUGAGGUACGGCCGAGGAGAAUCUUUGCCAACGGCCACACCUACCACGUCAACUCCAUCUCAGUCAAUAGUGAUGGCGAGACAUAUCUGUCUGCUGAUGAUCUCAGGGUCAACAUGUGGCACCUGGAUAUCACCGAUCGAAGCUUCAACAUUGUGGACAUUAAGCCAGCCAAUAUGGAGGACCUGACGGAGGUGAUAACAGCUGCAGAGUUCCACCCACAGCACUGCCACCUGUUUGUAUACAGCAGCAGUAAAGGCACGCUACGCCUCUGUGACAUGAGAGAUUCAGCACUCUGUGACAAGCACUCCAAAAUCUUUGAGGAGCCAGAGGACCCAGGCAAUCGAUCUUUCUUCUCUGAGAUCAUCUCGUCGGUUUCUGAUGUUAAGUUUAGCCAUAGUGGACGUUAUCUGCUCACCAGAGACUACUUGACUGUCAAAGUAUGGGACCUCAACAUGGAGAAGGGCCCAGUGGAGACCUACCAGGUUCACGAGUACUUAAGAAGCAAACUCUGCUCUUUGUAUGAAAACGACUGCAUCUUUGACAAGUUUGAGUGCGUCUGGAACAGCACAGACAGUGUAAUCAUGACAGGAGCGUAUAACAGUUUUUUCCGGAUGUUCGAUCGCGAGACCGGCCGGGGUGUAACCCUCGAGGCAUGGCGUGAGAGCAGUAAACCGCGUGCCGUGCUGCGGACUCGCCGCAUUUACACUGGGGGCCGGCGUCGGCGGGGUGACGUGGGCGUGGACAGUCUGGACUUCACAAAAAAGAUUCUGCACAUGGCUUGGCACCCGGCUGAAAAUAUCAUCGCCAUUGCAGCCACCAACAACCUCUAUAUCUUUCAGGACAGGGUGAACGCAGAAAACAUGUGACGAACCUGUGUAAAGCUCUUCACAGGGCCACACACAAACCAACAUGCACAUAUAUAAAAAAAAUAAUAAUGAUACUUUAAAACACAGAAUUUUGGUCCUGUGGAGAUGGACGUAGUUGCCAGAACCUGAAAGUAAACAGAUGGACUUUGCAGUAAAGCCGUUCCAGGAGAGCAGUUAUGUAUAGCCAGUGACUUUAUCUGAUAACUGUUGGUUAUUUACUUCUCCAAGAAUGUUGCCAAUGAGCUACGGUACGUGGAAUUUCCUCGGCAUCACAGUUAGCCAAUCCUGGACUUAUUUGAUAUGUGAGGGAUGGUGUUGUCGGCCAAUCCUUGACUUCGCUGAUCUUUGAUUGAGAGCUAAUUUGGGCUAAAGACCAGAAAUGAGACCGCUCCACUCCUCUGUGCCAGGUUGCCUGGAGACAGGUUACUCAGUUGCCAUGGUAACAAGAGUGCUCUGAGCAGUCUUCCUAUCACGUGCUUCCCAAAAGAAUCCCACAAUGCAUCUGCUAUACGAGCACUCAUUUUACUUCACAUCAGAACAUGGAUGCCUAUACGACCCAAUCACUAUAUCGCACUUGGAGGAGGUUUAUUAAAUUCCAGUACUUGUCUCAUGCAUCCUAACGGAAGGAUUGAUCCACACUGUCUUAACCUGGUUACACCUCACGAUGGGUUACAUUUACACCUGUAUGGUAAAAAAAAAAAAAAAAAGAACAAGGGUAUAUCACACCAGUAACACGCUUUCAGAAAAGCCUUCUGCAGAUUUGUGCACAGUAACUGACAUGCGUUCGGUUCAAACUCUGAUCAAGUCUCUGGUUUCACAGAUUUCUGGGCUCUCACAGUGAAGCACUGCCUUUUUAUUUAUGAUUGUAGCUGAUCCCUCAAAAGGAAAUUUAAACAGCCAUGUUGGAAAUACAGAUGAAAAUAGUGGCACAGGCUACAGAACAGUGCAGAAAGACAUGAAAAAUCAGUUUGUUCAUUUUAAAGAAUAUUCCGGUAAAUGCUUUACCACAAACAAUAAUUUUGACACAUUACUCUGUUUUGUUAAAGUUGUAGAGUAAUGUACUUUCAGUGGAAGUCAGUGGGGCGUUCUGAAUGGUUUAAAAGCAAAAUGUGCAGCUUGUAUUUUUGUUGAAAUGCUUAUAUGAGUGACUCCGAAGCCUCUCAUUUUCCACAAAAAUAUCUGAAUACACCAAUAUUUUUCCAGUUGUUUGCGAUUUUCUGAGUUAGUACUUUAUAAAUAUUUUUUACUUAAAGUUUUUACCCAAUAAAAUAUUUCAGAGUUUGACGUGAUUAGAAAAUAAUGUAUAUUUAACAUGUAUAUGUUUUAAGUUGUAGUUUUAAGAUUUUAUUAACAUUAUUUUGUUGGUCAAGGAGUCACACUUUUAAAAUUAGGUUUCCUCAUAUAUGCAGAUUUUAAAGGGGGGGGGGGGUUGAUUAUUAUUUCACUUUAGUUAGUGUGUAAUGUUUCUGUUAGAAUAUAAAUAAAUAAAAAUCAAAGUUCAAUGCAAAGUUAGAUUUUUUUACAAGGACUACAAAAAAGACUGGUAGGGACUACAACGAGCUUCUUCCCAGGUUUGUGACAUCACUAACCCCGAUGUUUACAUUAACCCUGCCCCCCUGGGGAACAUGCAGUAAUACAUAAUGGAAAGGGGGCAUGAAGUUUCCAGACAAUUUGCAUAGGCGGUUAACGAAUCACAACAUACUGGGCCAGCUAACCAAUCUGAGCCCAAUUUUGUAUUUCCUACUACCAAGAACUCAACAGAUUGUUUUGACGAGAACAGAAACAGUGGUGUAGAAUAAAGUUAAAAUAAUGCAUAAAAAAAACUAAGCAUAAAAACAUGUUACACUGCUCCCCAUAAGCACAGUCACGGCUUCAAAAAAAGCUGAACAACCAACCUUCAAAAUUAGGAUACCUCAUGUAUGCAGGUUUUACAAAAAUCGUUCGGUUUUCUUUUGGUUUUGAGGCUAUACUGUCAAACGGUAUUUAAUUUUUAUCCCCCCCCCCCCCCAAUGUUGCUAAUUCCUUGCCCCCUGGAUUUCCAUCAUAAGUGCAUUAACAUAGUUGAGGAUGUGUCAAAAUUGCAUUUUGUGGCAACAUGACAAAUAGCUUAUCUUUGAAAAAAAGAGAAAAAAAAUCCUAAAAUAGCUUAUCUUGUAUUGAAUUUGGAAUGUUCCAAUAUGUAGCAGCUAGUAAGUGGAUAAACUAUGUGUAAAUGUGAAUCUCUGCACACCGUGUUUUCUACGAUCACACAGGUGUACAUGUAACUCUCUAUCCACUGUAGAAAGAACACGGCAAGUUAUCUUUCGUUUAAGGUGCCAUUCACCUUCUGGGUGACUGUUUGUUUGGUGUAGAUGUGGUAAUGAAUUGUAGGGUGUCUGUGUAGACUAUGAUACGGAGGUCAGUGAUUGUUUUUGCUAUAUGAACAAGGCUGAAUGAAUGUAACAUUCUUUUAAUGACUCCAUUUUUAAAGUGUUAUGAUGUAAACGGGGUGCUCUCAAACUGACGAGCGAGCUUGCUUGCUUGCUUUCUCAUUUUCUUUGACUUCGUCCCUUUUCUGGUGUUCACGUGUUUGUCUGUCCCAUUUUUCUAGUACUCUUUGCUCUACAUAUACUGAGGCUGUGCCUCUUACAAUCAGUCCCUCUACUCCUAUUUUUACAUUUGUAGUUCAUUCACAUUGUUUUUGUACCCCGAGACAAUGAUUCUUAGCUUUAUUCACUCUGUUCCCCUUUCUCUCACACACUUUAAUUCUCUUACAUCCGUUACCAUGGCAAUAGGACUUCUGCCAUAAUGCAUUCUCUCAUGCUUUCCUCUCAGACAUGCAGUGAAACACACACUCACAUUCACAAUGCAACCAGGGAAUAAUAGCUUGAGUUUUUCAGGGCACACACACACACACACACACACACACACACACACACACACAAAUACGCCUAUACAAGCAAGCAUACACACAAAAACGCAUGUUUAUCAUUAUCCAGUGUUACUAAUGUGUAUAUCUAUGAUGCCUAAACAUAUUCUAUUGACACUUAAUGGAAAAAUGGAAAAAUAAAAGAGGCAAAUGGAGUAAUGAAAUUAAAUUAAUAUGACAUCUGUACUUAGAUUAUACAGUUUUCUUUUCAG